AUCUUCCGUAAAUACACGUCGUCUGCAUCCUUAUCACCCACCUCGAUCACCGCGCCAAUCCAGACAACUAACUCCCUCAUCCAAUAAACUUCCUCCACGUAUCACCCCAUUCAAUUCCACCUCAUCAAAUCUCAACAUCAGUUAAUACACAUAAAGAAUGAAAUGGAGAAAAAGUAACGCCAUUUUAAACAAACAAGCAAGCAAGCCUUGAUCAAUGGAGUCGUCAUCAUCUCCUCUCAAGUCGAAUCCAACGGCUGAAGAAGAAACCAGCAGCAGACGCAUCCAACGGCUGUCGUUGCAUCUGAAUCCCCCGCCAUCAGAGAACUCGGCGAUGGAGAUGGCCACGUGCGCGGCGCGUGCGAAGCUGAACGUGAACACAACGCAACUGAGUUUACUGAUGAGAGGAAAGCACAGAGACAUACAGGAGAAAGUGUACGAGUUCUUCAGGUCAAGGCCUGAUUUACAGACGCCGAUAGAAAUAUCGACGGAGAAGCACAGAGAGCUGUGUAUGAAACAGCUGUUAGCGUUGGUCAGAGAAGCUGGAAUCAAGGCGUUUAAGUAUGUCGUUGAGGAUCCGUUUGUGUAUUUUGCUAUCGCUGAAGCUGCUGGUAGUGUUGAUGUUUCUUUCGGUAUCAAACUCGGUGUCCAAUAUAGUCUAUGGGGAGGUUCUGUGAUCAAUUUGGGAACGAAGAAACAUAGGGACAAAUACUUUGAUGCCAUUGACAAUGUUGAGUAUCCUGGCUGUUUUGCCAUGACCGAGCUUCAUCAUGGAUCAAAUGUUCAAGGUCUCCAAACUCUUGCUACAUUUGAUCCGCUUACAGAUGAAUUUGUUAUCGACACGCCUAAUGAUGGAGCAAUUAAAUGGUGGAUUGGGAAUGCUGCAGUACAUGGAAAGUUUGCAACAGUGUUUGCCAAACUGAUGUUGCCAACUCAUGAUGCUAACGGUUUUUCUGAUAUGGGUGUGCAUGCCUUUAUUGUCCCGAUAAGAGAUAUGGAAACUCAUGAAACCCUUCCAGGGGUUGAGAUACAAGACUGCGGCCACAAAGUUGGUCUGAAUGGAGUAGAUAAUGGAGCACUGAAAUUCCGUUCAGUGAGAAUUCCCCGAGAUAAUCUUUUAAAUAGAUUUGGAGAUGUCGCACGGGAUGGUACAUAUACAAGCAGCCUUCCUACCAUCAACAAACGCUUUGCUGCCACACUCGGUGAGCUUGUAGGUGGAAGGGUUGGUCUUGCCUAUUCUUCAGUUGGCAUCCUAAAGAUCGCCGUCACAAUUGCUACUAGAUAUUCUCUAUUCCGUCAGCAAUUUGGUCCUCCCAAACAGGCUGAAAUCAGUAUUUUAGAUUACCAGUCCCAGCAGCACAAACUUAUGCCAAUGUUGGCUUCAACUUAUGCAUUUCAUUUCGCCACACUGCUUUUGGUAGAAAAGUACUCUGAGAUGAAAAAGACCCAUGACGAGGAAUUAGUGGCAGAUGUUCAUGCACUUUCAGCAGGACUGAAAGCUUAUGUUACUAGUUAUACAUCAAAAUCUUUAAGUAUUUGUAGAGAAGCUUGUGGUGGUCAUGGCUAUGCAGCUGUAAAUCGAUUUGGUAGCCUGAGAAAUGAUCACGACAUUUUUCAGACUUUUGAAGGGGAUAACACCGUUCUCCUACAACAGGUGGCAGCUGAUCUUUUGAAGCAGUACAAGGAAAAAUUUAAAGGCGGAACACUUACAGUCACAUGGAACUACUUGAGAGAGUCAAUGAAUGCAUACCUUUCACAACCAAAUCCAUUGACCUCCAGGUGGGAAGGUGAAGACCAUUUACGUGAUCCAAAAUUCCAGUUGGAUGCUUUCAGGUACCGUACAUCUCGAUUGCUGCAAAGUGCUGCUGUGCGGCUUCAGAAGCAUUCAAAGAACCUUGGUGGUUUUGGUGCAUGGAAUAGAUGCUUAAAUCAUUUACUUACUCUUGCAGAGUCUCACAUUGAAUCUGUCAUACUUGAAACAUUUAUUAAUGCUGUAAAAAACUGUCCUGAUGCAAGUUCUCGUGCUGCUCUGAAACUUGUUUGUGAUCUUUACGCGAUGGAUCGGAUAUGGAAUGACAUUGGCACUUACCGUAAUGUGGACUACAUGGCACCUAAUAAAGCGAAGGCAAUUCACAAGUUGACAGAAUACCUAAGCUUUCAGGUCAGAAAUAUCACCAGAGAGCUAGUUGAUGCCUUUGAUAUGCCAGAUCAUGUCAUAAGGGCGCCUAUCGGCAAACAGACACCUGUAGAAGCUUAUUCAGAGUACAUACAACAAGUAGGGUUCCAAUAAUGAAAAGAUAGCUUGAAGUUGCUCUAUACAUACUUACCACGAUAUUGUUAAGGAAAGCUGGAAGUUGCUAUAUAUACAUACUUUCCAUCAACUCCAAAAUCCAUAUGGUGAAAAUGAAGGCAUUUAUUCGAAUCAUUAUAUUUGUAGCAAUAGAAGAGGGAGCCAUGGAAGCUGGGCUUUGCAGGAGGAACCAUCCUGAUUAUUCAAAAAGAUUGCAACCAAAACUAAAGUUCCCAAACAUUUGUCUUCAAUUAAUAAUUUCAUUGUUCUUGAA